GCUUAGUUCAACUUGUUAGUUAAUAUCAUUCAAUUCAUUAUAUAUAUAUUCUGGUACAAUAAGAUAUAAAGAGAUGUUAUGAACAUUCUCUCAUGAAAGUUUUAUCGUCUAAGAUAAAUGUUUCUUGAAUUCGUUGAAGAUCGCGAUAAUACACCAGUACAUAAAGCGCAUUGUCCGCAGUUCUUGGCUAAUGCACCAGCAUUGAUUGCUUACGGCCGCACACUCGAGUAAUAUAGAGGCAAAUUGAACCUACCUUCCUACACAGCACGCUACAAGACGUCACUCAGUACUACCCGCAACAUGGCGCCGCUCAUCCUUUACGUUUCUCCCGGCGCAUGCUCGCUAUUCAAUCACAUCCUUCUCCGGGAAUCCAAACUCGACUUCUCGCUAGUCGUUCUGGAUAUCACAAAGACAAAUGGCUUUCCCGAGACGCACGCUCAUCUCAACCCGAAGAAGCGCGUGCCAAUCCUGAUCCUCGAAGACGGCAAGACAACAAUCACCGAGACCGUCGCCAUCGCAUCCUACAUCGAUCGUCGCGCGCCCGAGGCAGGGUUGUUUGGCAAAUCCGACCUAGAAGCUGUGCGAUGCUACGAAUGGUUCAAUUGGCUGUCCGGGACUGUGCACGAGCGAGGCUUCGGGGCGUUGUUCUUGCCCAAGAUGUGGACGGCGGACGAGGCUGCCUGGGACGGUGUGCGUGUCACGGCGAGAGAGUGGGUCCAGUCUUGCUUCGCGCAGAUAGAAGAGAGACUUCAGGCUAGCAGCAGUGGAUAUUCGGUUGGGGAUGAGUUCACCGCUGCGGAUGUAUUCCUUUAUGUCGAGUAUCGCUGGGGCAAUCUGCUUGGGAUGGAUAUGGAGGCCUUGUAUCCCGCACUCACGAAGCUUGUAGGUAGAGUUGUUGAGAGAGAGAGCGUGAGAGAGGCAGCUAGGAUCGAGGGAAUUCCACUCAUUCUGGAUGACAGGGGCGGGGAUAAGGAGAGGAAUUACGGGAAGGUCGACGAUUCGCAGAAAACUGAAGAGGCUUCAUGAUAUCGUUUGUCGUUGGGAUGAUCCUUGCCACAUACUAUAUGUAGAGUAAGCAAUUGUCCCAAGUUCAGCCAAGCUAGGAGUAAGCUCUUUUCCAGUGUGGCUCCUAAAGCUGAAUUGCGAUAUCCUCCGCCUAUCAUCUACCCUUAUGAGGGGAUGCAUACAACGUCAUUAACCGACCCGAAAUGUCGGUGUCGUUCUGUCCAGACGUCUUGCUACGGGUAUAUGGAAUGGAGCCAGGGUUUGCGCAGUGCUAGCAUCCGAAAGAUGGCACAUAGGCAGUAUGCAGGUAAAGGACAGGCAUCUAAUAGGCUCAUCUACGAAGGGCAAAACCCACCGAUUAUAAGAAGGCGGAACGUCGGAUAUACUCGAGCUUAGGAAAUAUGUCACAAUGUACAGUAUCUUUCCUAGACCAGAAUGCUCAGGGGCUAUUAUGCUCCCGAAAGCUCUAUGAGCAGUGGUGCAGCUAUUCAUGACUCGAGCGGA